AUGCAAAGUGCCAUCGACGCUCUUCGAGGCUUCGAAUUGGUCCAACAAGAAAACCUCAUCGAGGUCUUGGGCGCGGUCUCAGCACCAAGAAACAAAAACGCACUGAACAAUGUUCAGUCCAUCGCGAGAGGGCUCUGCACGAUAAAUCAGAAGAUCAUCUCGUCAAUAAACAUCUGCAUCGCUGAUGCCGAAUCCCAGGGAGUGGAGGCAUACAAGAACUUUGUGAACGAGUUCAUUCUUUGGUUUUCAGGCAGCAGUGUCAUCUUCGACAAGUACUUACAUUGCUUACCUCCAAGCGCGUUUGAUCAGGAUUCGGUAUUCCAAAAACCACUCGUGCAUUAUGAACACUACUUGGCCUUCAUCGAUGUGGCCUUGGCCUCUCUUCGCAAUCCGUUCGUCGUAGAUAAACUCAAGGAGGCGCACAUGAAGAUCGAUGCGCUUGUGGCUACGAAACGCGACCUCAUGCGCCGCUCUCAUCUCGACAAUAUUUCUUUCGAGCAUGUCCAGAGCUUCGGUGGUUCAACUGUAUCCUGUUUCUUUACUGUGAGCCAAAUCAUUGAACGUACGGAGGAUGCAACCAUCUUCAUGGGAGACAAAAAAGUUGAGCUCGCCCUCCUAAAUCUUGAUAAGGAGAGUUCCAUGUACACCAUGCGUGAUUUCAACGCGCUUGCCAUUCUUAAGUUUCCUGUUGGGAAGGGUGCUAGGACCGUGGUGUAUCCCCCUUUCCGAAUUAAUGACCUCUCGAUGUCUCUCUCAAAUAAUUGCAUAAAUUUUUCUAGCGUAUCCUACGCCAGCGACUCUGAAGGCGCUUCAUUUGCUCUUACCGGUUCUGAACUGAUUAUUCAGGAGUGGUAUGAGAAACUCAAGUUAUUGUUUCCUGCCUCUGAUGAGGUCUUGUCUAGUGAAACUAUUCUGUUAGAGGGCCUCGGGAUUAAUACCAUGCUGGAAAGUUAUCGCUUCGAAAGAACAUACUCCUUCAAUGACUCCAACUCAGUAUCACUGCCACUUCUGAGCCAUAGACAAAUUCGUCAAGAUGAUUCUGCUGCCUUUGAAUAUUCAACUGCAAGCACUUCAAAACUUGACAACUCUUCGCUCAGUCGUCAAUCUUUACGCAAGGAUACGUCUUCUCAAUCAGACGCAUGUUCUGUGGACAGUGACGGAUUUGAAAUCGUCACAAAAAAUCAAGUUAAGGUCUUUGCCAACAACGAAGCUGCUCAGUCGCUUCCGAACAUUCAAGCAUCAAAGCCCCGGAAGGUGUUCCAAAAUACAGCUGGUUCUGCUAUUGACAUCUCCAACUUUGGAAAAUCCCACAAGCCAACAUUCACGCCUGAUCUCAAAGUCCAAGAAAAGAAAUCGUUCUUCGGAUUAUUCCGCAAAAGGCAGGGGAGUUUGUCGGCAGAAGAUAAGCUCAGGGCUGGUGUUGCCGCUGGAGGAGAAAAAACCAAAAGCUCAACAUCGAAGAAAGUAACGAAUGAAAAAGAAGUGCAAGACCUGAAAUCUCAGGUGAAUUUGGAAAAGAAAUCUGAUGUUCUCAAGAGUGAACAAGACAUCAAGACAGCUUCUGCGAAGCCUUCCACCAAGAAAGAGCGUGUUAAACCCGACCUCAAGAUCUCUAUUCCUAAGUCUCUAGAUGCUCCUCAGCCCGCGUUCCUGUCUCUGAAAUCCACUCUGUUUUCUCCUUCAAGUGCUCUCCCGCUGCCAUUUGCUCUUCCCUCUUCCACUUCUACUUAUUUCUUCAAACAUUAUGUACUGGAAAACCCUAACCUGGCUAGCGAAAAUGGUUCCGCCGUUGACUUGAGUGCUCUUGAACAGCUUCCUGUAUUGCAAAUCCCACAAGGUUUAAAAGAUGAAAUCAACUCCGAAGAUUCGCUAGACUUUUUCAUUUCUCCAUCUACAACCAAAACAUUAAAAGUCUCGAAAUGGAAGGCGCGCGCUGGAAAAUGGGAAAUGCUUACAGCCAGUGACGAUGUUUUCGUAAAGAUUGUGGUAAACUACAUUCUUGACAAGCGGUGGAUGUUAGUGUUCAAGGAAGACGCCAGUGGAGAAGAAGUUGUUGAUGUCCCGCUUUUGAUUCUUGAGUUGACGACCCAAAGCAAUUUCAGAAGGUCCUCUGCUACCGACAUUGAAAUUGGAGCAGUGAAUGCUGUUACCAGAGAAAAGAUGCUCAUUAUCACAAGAUGUUACAAGGGAGAGGUAUUCGACUCCUUCUACAAUAGCUUGAGCAACUGUUUCGAGUCUUUAAAAUCCCCUGGCCCUCUUCAAAAAUCUUCCAAUUACGGAUCAAGUGGAACUCUCACCUCUUCAUUAAUGAGUCGCCCAAGUACCACUUCUACCUUAGCAAGCCUUUACACUUCCGUUGAUCAAAAGUCAAUCCCUGAAAUAGAUGCAUCUGGGGGCGAAAAAGUUUUGCUUGAGCGUAUGACGGUGAAGGUCCACAAGCAGUUGGAGUCAUAUGACCACAUUCACCAACUGUCCGCAUGGAAAGCCAUCUCGAUGUAUUCACUUAGUUUGUUCCAUUCGGUAGAUGAAUUCGGGGCAUCUUUCUUCCAUUUCAAUUUAUACAACAAACGAUGCGGUGAGGAUAAUCAACAGGAACUCGAGUGGACAUUCAGCGCUAACUCCAUCGAGAAACAUGUGGAGAAAAUAGGCAAAGCUGGUCUUUUGGUCAAAGCUGACUCCAGCCAAAUCUAUAUGCUCGAAUGUAAAGGUGGCAAAGAGCUCAAACGUCUUUUGUCGACCUUCUAA